CUCUCUCACUCUCUCUCUCUGUAGCUGCUUCCAUGGCGGCGGAAUCAGAUUAUAGUACCAUAAAGAAGAGAAUGCGAUUUUCUUCUUCUUCUUCGUCAGUUCGGGAUACCACCACCUCUAAGAACCUUAUGGCAAGCAAAUUAAGGAAUCAUAGCAACCGCUCCACCACCGUUCGAUUUCCACCAGCUGUGUCUCACAUCGGAAACCGAUUUCUCACGGAUCUUCGUCACCAACAUGCGUCACCACCUCUCACUCUCAGCGAUAAAAUUGUUACUAAAAUGCCUCGGGUGUGUCCUCGUGUAACGGUGAGGAAUCUGUGUCUCAGACGCGUAUCCUCCUCCCCGAGUUCGAUUUCUAGUGAUUGGGAUUUUCAUGUGAAAGGGCAAAAUCAAACCAAGGAACUGAAUUUGGAAUCUCCUUGCGAUUCUCCCAAUUCUAACGUUGCGAUAAUAGGAAGCAAUGAUAUUAUACAAGUAGUGGAAUGCUCACAAACGACGCGACCGGAUUCAGAAAUGUUCACUAGUGUAGCAGGUUCUAUCAGCCAAGAGAUUGAUGGAGUCUCUGUGAAGAACGUCGGUGUCAAACUCGGCAGCAAAAUUAUUCGUUAUCCGGAAAAGAUUUUCAAGAAUCCUGGUUCUGUGAGUUAUAGGAGAUUGCUUCCUUACUUGACUGAAGCUGCAGAUGAUACUAGAGAUGCUGAUGCAGCUAAUGACCGACUCCCUCCUACCUGGUCUGCUUUGCUAUCUCCCAAUACCUUUGUUUCACCAUCAGCACAGAACAUACAUGGAAACAUUAGCCCUUUCAAGAAGAUGACUUCAUCUAGUGCCACCAAAACUCAUUUGUGUUCCAAGCGCAAGCUCUUUAAAGUGCCCGGUUCUGUUAAUUACAAAAGAAUGCUUUCAUAUCUUAGAGAUAGCUCGGAGGAUAAUCCUGGGACGACUGAAACCAGUAAACAUAUAGAUCCUCAGAAGAAUAUAGAAAAAAAUGCUCCAGCCAUUGAGAAUAAAGGGGCAGCAGCUGAAGCUAAAGAUUUGAAAACAUGCUCCAACAAUGUUGAGGCGCCACUCUCUGAUCCAGAUAACGAACAGGAAACUCUUCCGUUAGCUCAGUUUAGCUGUUAGAGUUGUUUAGUUAUAGAGAUAGUAACGAAGUCGUGUAUAUAGGUUUAAGCGUAUUUGACUUGUUUACGCAUAGAGCUUUUCCAUCUAAGGCACUUGUACGUCAAAGAAUGAAGACAACUCCUAGAUCAUAUGAACCUAUAUAGGUAACUAGGAUCAUCCACAUUAGACUUGUUAAUUCCUUUGUCUCCACAUUUUUCUGGUUGUACAACAUUAAUAGUGUCUUGUCUUUGUCUUUUUUCAAGCAUGUCAAAUUGUUGUUGUUUUCUGAU